AACCAGAGAGUGUGUUGAACAUCAGAUAUGGAAUUGCUGGUAAUAGAACAAUCGGAGCUCAUACGCCUGUCACUAUGGAACCUGCUGGAUUUGAGGGUUCUACACAGGAUUUAAUCUUCAGGAGUGCUCUUGUUUUACAGAGACCUGUGAUGGAUCCGUGCCUUGCAGUUGGUUUUCUUCCUCUUUCUUCAGGAGGCCUUAGAGUUGGGUAGCUAGUAACCAUGAAAUGGAGAGUUGAAAGGUUGAAGGAAUUUGAUGAGAAUGCAGUUUCUCAAAACAAUGAUGAGGUAUUAUACGAAGUCAAUGCAUCUGAGAAUUGGAUGAUUGUCGGGAAGAAGAGAGGCCAUGUAUCACUCUCAACAAAGCAAGGUUCGAGGAUAGUUAUUUCUAUUUUGUGCAUGCCAUUGAUGGCCGGAUACGUACAUCCCCCAAAGCUUGGGCUUCCAAACGUUGAUGAGGCAAAUAUAAGUUGUACCCCUGCUGGCCCCCACCUGGUCUGUGUUUUGCCUCCUGUUUUCAGCUCUUCUUUCUGUAUUCUAGCAUGAUUACUCAAGUUCAUCAUCCAUUUCCAUUAUGGUUGGAUUGGGGUUUUUCUUUUCUUUUCUUUUCAUUUCAUUUCAUUUCAUAAAAAAAUUAUAAUGAUAGAUAUAGAUAUUAGAUAUCCGAUUUUUGUUUAACGUUGAGAUUUGUAAAUCUGUAAUUUUACCCCCAACAGCCCACCAAGAUCCACACCUCCCAACUGCUUGGUGGUUGAUUGUAUUUUUGUUUGCUUUUCAAUUUUCAGAAAAUCAAGAGAACUCUCAUUUGAAUUGAA